CUCUUAUAGCCGAGGCUUCUACCUUGUUGUAACGCGCAUACGCAACUUCGAAAUAAGACACCUUUUGCUCUUUUUACGAUUUCUUAUUUUAUUACUGUUCUCGUUUCGUGUUCUCUGAUUGCUUGGCGUGUGGUAUUAACAGAUAUCCGGGACCUCCGGGAAACUAGGGUUUUCUUACUUUCCUAAUUUAAAUGGAAAUCAACAGUGCGAAUUUCGGUUCCAACAAAAGGUCUGAAAUGAUUUACAUACUCUAUCCAAACACAAGAUAACCAACUCUCUUUCAAUUUCAAGAUAAACUUUGUAAAAAUUACUUGCUUUGACUAUCGUAUGUUUCAUAUAUGGUGUCCACAUUUAUUAUAUACUUUAUAUAUGAAAACUUGUUGUAGCAAGUGUUUCUGAAGAUCAAAUUUGUCCCUUGAUGUUUCUCUCUUCUUUGUUUGGAAAACGUCCAAGAACACCAAGAUUCCCCAUACAUAAAGGAUCAAGCUUGUGCCCAUGUAAAAAUCUACAUUUGAAAUUGUUGGUAAGAUAAUUGAUCCAACUUAACAUUGUUGCACCAAAUAACAAACUCUGACAUUUAUUUUCUUGAUCCUUUAAACAAAAACUGACAUUAGCGGUUAGCAAAAGGCACAUAAAAGCAUUUUCUAUCUCUGCAAUUUCAGCUUCUCAUUGUACCAUUCUCCAAUAUAUGUGUAUCCAAAAUCAUCCUCCUCUGAAACAUUGCAACUAAAAUGUUUUGUAUAUUAGUGUAAGCCUUUUGCAUAUUUCUUCUUCUUACGUGUAACAACUAAAAAUUCCAUGUGACAACUACUGUAGCUCUUUUGGGAAGCAAAUUCAGUAAAGUAGCUCUUUGUUACUUAAUUUCUAUGAUUUAGGAGCCAACAUAUGUUUCUUCUUCCCAUGCACUUUGUGUCUUCUUAGAAACAUUAUGUACAUAUGUUUCUUCUUCCCAUGCACUUUGUGUCUUCUUAGAAACAUUAUGUCAAACACUUUGUGCACAAUAUUCUUAUUCAAAACAUGAGGCCCUUAUUCCAUAGCUAAUCAAUCCUCAUGAUGAAUCACAACAUCAAUUUCAGGAUCAAUAUUUAUUUCUCCAUAGCUAAACAUUAUUUCAAUCAUCGUUAUGUUACUUCGUAAACAACAUAACCAAUCUAAUUGAAAGCCUUCCACAAUGGUUUGAAAAGAUUUUUUUUUUUCAAAUAAUCAACCGUAGAAGACUAUGGAUAUGAUACACCUUGAUGAUGAUCAUAAUAAGAUACAACAAAACUGAGAGAGAUCGUCGACGUCAAAGCUGAGGGAGAUCGUCGACAACGACGGAGCCGAGGGAGAUCGUCGACGGCAGAGCUAAGAGAGACCGUCAUAACUGACUUUGACGGAGCUGAGAGAUUGUCGCAAAGCUAAGGAACAACGAUGGCAGAACUGACAGACGAUGACGGCGGAUCUAGGGUACGGCGAAGGAGAGUAACGGUGAGAUGAAGGAGGUGAAGACGAUGACGAUUGAAUAAUUUUGGAUUCAGUUUUUUUUUGUUUUUAAUUAAUUGGGAAAUUAAUGAAAAAAAUAAAAAGUUAAUUGACCAUCUUAAAUGAAACAUUUUUGUGACAUUGGACCUUGAAGUCUAGAUUGGAAAAAAAAAAGUUGGCAUAUGGCUAUUUAAGGCCCUUUCUCUUUGAUUUUUUCUUUCAAUGUAAAUAAAAAUAACAAAGGUAAAAGAUAGAAAGUUGAGAAUGGUUUUAAUGGAAAAGAAACCUUGCUUUUAAACCAAUUUGCAAAAGUUUCACCAAGUUAAAGUAUUAUUUAAAUAUAUUUUAAAAAGCAUGGCAUUAAAAGGAUGUGCGAAGAACAAAUAGGUACACACAGUUUUGGAAUAAAAAAGGAGGGUCGCUCAGUUUCUGGUAUUGGUUAGAUCGCUGCAAUUUCUCCUCCUUCCAUGGAUAAAAAAUCUCAUCUUCUUCAAUCUAUCGGCAAUGCCUCAGUCGCCGAUUUGGUUAUGUGGAAGAACAAACGCGGAGGGAUUCUUCUGCUGGGAUCAGCGACGUUGUUUUGGAUCCUCUUCGAGAAAUGUGGAUACAGUUUCUUUCCCUUUGUUGCUAACAUUCAGCUACUUGUCGUCAUUAUACUCUUCCUCUGGGCCAAAUCCGCCAUUCUCUUCAAUAGGCCUAUGCCUGAGCUUCCUAAUCUUGAAAUCACUGAAGCAUCUCUUCUUAUGAUUGCUGAUCCUCUACGGCUCUUGAUCAAUACUCUUCUCUCUAUUGCUCGUGAUAUCUACGUUAACAGAAACGCCAAACAACUCUUUCGGGUUAGUGUUGUGUUGUGGACUAUAUCACUUGUUGGCAGUUUCUUAAACUUCUUCACAAUACUCUAUCUUGGUAUUGUUCUCGGUAUGUUGAUUCCCAUUCUGUACGAGAGGUACCAGCAUCACAUUGAUGAGAAGCUAUCUGUCACACAUCGGAUGAUUCAAACACAAUACAGGAAGAUUGACGAAAGAUUACUACAGAAGCUCAUUGCUAAGCCCACAAGCAAGAUUAAGAAGAUGCAAUAGAACCCACCAAAUUAAGUGUUACUCUUUUAUGACCGCGAACGACGUAACAAGCUUUGAGGAUAGAUGAAUAGAGGCGUUGAGACUUGAGAGUUUUAUACCACAGAAGUGUAAUGUAGUUUUGUCACUUGGGUCAACGCUUCAUUUGAUUCUCUUUAUAGGAAUACUGUGGAUUAACAAGUCCAUGACUAUGUGUAACUUCGGGAAUUAUUGGUGACUCUAAUUGGAAUAUGGGGGCUGUUUCUGGUUA